AUGACUGAGCCAGACAUCCUUGUCAUCUUUGUGAAAAAAAUCAUGGAGGAAACAACUGAAGAGUAUGAGAAAGGAAUGGCUUCUGAUCCAACUCCUGUGCCUCUUAAUCCAGCCCACUUGGAGAAACUGAGCGACCUUUAUGUACCUGAAAGUCUGAAGCUGGAUGAAGUUGACUAUGAAAGUGAAAUCAACACCAACCUCUUUGAAGUGCUGUUGUGCGAAUCCGAGAAGCAUGAAUUCAAUGAUGAUAUCUUCAUGCUUUUUGAAACGGCCCAAAAGGGUGAAAAGCUCACACCGAACCUGAACAUGAUACUUCUCAGCAAGCUGUCAACUGGGCAGCUCCCAGCUCUGAAACUGGAAAUGCUCAGUUGCUUGGGGUCUCUCAUUGAUGCCAACAAGACCGACAUUGGUCGCUAUUUGCCUCAAGUGAACCAAAUUCUGACAGAACAAAUCGCUUCUGACAACAACGUCGCUCAAAACAUGAGCAUCACUGCUCUUCGUAAACUGAUCAUCUUUUGCAAGCGUGUAGAUGAAGGCCUGCUUCAGAAACUGGUGGACAUUGCAACAAGAUCCACCUGCGACGAAUAUGUGAGGAGCGAAAUCGCACUGACUUUUGGCUUUAUUGAGGACAAGUACAACCCUGUCAUCCCCAUGAAGCAGUUCAGGGAAAAACUCAGUCUUGCCAACUUGCACUUCACUUCACCAAAAAAUGUGCUCGAACAGUUGAAAUGCUAUACAAAUGUCAGUGGAGGUUUGCUCGAACAAAAUUAUCUUCAGCUUAAACACAUAAUCGACAAUGAAAGCAUGCAGCUGCAAGGGGAGGCUUUGUGUGUUUUACGUCAAGUUUCGAAUAAAGCAAAAAUUUCCGAUAAACUGCUGGAUAGCUUGGCCAUUUUAUUCGAGAGCACCGUAUCCGACACAUUGAGGAAAUCGUGCCUGGAACUGUUCAAAGAGGUCGGAAAAAGUGGGAAGUGCUUGAGCGGCAGAGCUGGGCAAUUGCGGGACACAGAAAUGAACCAUGACAAAAAUGUGAAGGGUACCCUAGGGUUUCAUGAUGGCACCGUCACUUUGGAGUUUGCUGAUGAAAAUGGCGAUAUCAUGAAAAUCACUGACUUGGAAGUCCACUUGGCACAAACUGGGGGCCGAAGUCCACUUGCUGAGGUUGUUGAAGACGCGGAGGAGUUCCUUAGAAACUCUCUAAUGCUUUAUCUUAAGGACGUGAUGAAGCAAAAUACGAUUUAUAUUCCAAGCCAUUUCGAAAAUUUCGUCGAGAAGCAAAAUUCCUUGGCCAAGAAAUCGUACAGGAAUGUCAAAAUCAACGUGAAUCAAGCUGACCUCGAAAGUGUCAUCAGUGCACUCUAUAACAAAGACCAAGAGUUUAAAGGUCUGACAGGGGAAAUGGCCUUAUUGAAACUUGAAGAGGAGCGAUCAUGUCCCCGCGUCCUUGGGCUGACAGAGUCACGUGAAACAAGUCUAGUGAUUCGUUCAAAUUAUGACUAUAAGUUUGAGGAAAAGUUUGAUGGAAAGCAAAUCAAUCAAUUGGUCAAGAUUGUCGAAGAAAAACUGGAAAACGCCGACCUUCGUUUUGACAUGGUGACCAAAACAUCAUCAUCAGGCAUUCUAAAUGUUGAAUUCCAAGAUUUGAAUCAAAAAGAAGCAGAAGCGAAGCUACAAUUCAUCUAUUCAAAUUCAGUUCACGUUGGCCUAGCCCUCAACAAUUCAGAUUUGUUGCGUCUAAUGAACCUCGACUCAUCACUGGCGAGCGGCACGUUGUUGGUCGGGCAGAGUCAAGUGCAUGAAAAACUCAAUAGGGAGUUAUUUAUGUUGCGAGCGCGUGAACUCAGAGAAGACCGUUCAUUCUGCUAUGUCAGAUUUGACGACCUGACGUUUGAUCAAGCAAAUAAAGUCGUGAAGAACUGCAGUGAAAAUGCAGCAAUUUCUCUUUCCUUUUGUGAGAUUGCUGAUGUAUUCAAUGCUGCACUCAAAGGACAAGCUGACCUCAGUGUCGCUGAAUUAGACCAAGCCGCCGCAAAAAAAGUGAUUCAGGAGCUGAGAAAGAGAAAUGUUGAAUUUUCCUUAGAAUUCGAAAAUUUAUCAAACAAAGAAGUAUCAUUCAUCCUGAAUGGUGCAAACAUAGAACAAGAAGACAUGAAUAUAACCAAAGUUAAGAAUGUGCGCGAUUUGUUUACGAAAGGCUCCGCGCCGGACUAUGAAAUAAACCAGUUUGCCGCCAGAGGUCUCGAGCAUAUCGUUGAGCUGAAUGAAAAGUUGUUUAUUCCUUGGCGAAGUGUGGCUGCAGUGGCGGCACUUUGCUUUUGCCAAAUUGUAAUUGGAAGUGUGAUGAUGGCCACUGGAAUUGGGAGCAUAUUUAGCGGCGGUAUUCUGGCGGAAGGAGUGGCUGACAUGAUCACGGCAUUCUGUGCAUAUAAAACGAGACAGUUCAAUUGGAGGAACUACGCCAUACAGAAGGCAGCAAAUUUAGCGGUGUCAGCUUGUACCAUGGGAUUAAUUUAUGGUAAAGUGGGCCUGAAUGUUUCUCGAAGUGCCCGAGUAGUGCUUGAAGAAGCAGGCGUACAGGUCGGGCGUGUCAUGACCUACCGGACAGUGAUGACUACGGUAGGAAUCCUCGGCAAGAAUAUGAAAAGUCUGGCAGUUAAGCUUAAAAAAGAUGGCAUUCAAGACCUGUCUGACUUUUCUUUUGCUCUUCUUAAGUCUGAAAUUUGUGAGUCGGUGCAGUCAAAAGUGAGAUCGGCAUUUAAUUGUCAUCCCGAACUCGUGAAGAUUUUGCGACAGUUGAAUGCAAUCGAUCGGGUUAUCGGCUCCCAUCGACUUCAGUCCAAGGUUGAAAACAUUGUGAAACAAACUUCCAGCAUUGUAAUCAGAGACUUUAUGAAGAAUGAGCGUGACUUCAUUGUAUUGCCAUUAAUCAAUUGUGUUCUAUCGGAUUUGAACAUGAAAGGAGGCAAUGCCAGCAUUAUCACAAAGGUCAUUGCGACACUGAAUGGGCUGCACCAGAUAGAAAUACUGGCUGACAGGAUAAUCGAAGCUCUCCUGACAAAGCUUCGGGUGUUUGACACACAUUCCUCAACAAUCAGCCACAUUCUGACAAGAGACCUGAAGAUAAGGAAGGACUUUGCAAUUGCAAUUGCCAGAAAAUUAAAGGAGCUUGAAAUAUUUGAUACAAAUGACAACUUUUUGGUAACACGUAAUGAUAUAAAUGGCGAUUUCUGGAAGCUGAAGGAAAAAAUCGGCAAAUUGAUGCAUGUUUGGAAGACAACGCCACACCUACUUUUGGAUGAAUUGUCUGGACCGCUUGCUGAAUACUCCACUCUGGAGGCAGAUCUGGAAAAAAGCAUAAUAUUCACAAAUAAUUUGUUUGAGAUAUUCGUUAAAAGUGACUUGGAAUGCGUUAGCACAGUCGUCAAGUCAGUGUCAGACCAGAUAGCCCAACAGUUGGUGGAAGUGAUGGAUCCUCUGCUUAUGCAGUCAUUGCCACCAGCUUAUGCGAUGGCUGAGAAUGGUCUAGCGAACUCCAUUUCCAAUCACGGUAUGGACAAAUCUUGCAUGGACGGAAAUCUAAAUUCGGACAGUCGAAAGGCUUAUGAAAUCAAAUGCCAAAACCUUUUGAGAAAACCUGGUUUGACAGAAGAAGAAAAGACCUUCAUCGCUAAUUAUUUCAAAUUCAGAACCAUGACCCAACAUUUGGACUGCAACGCCAGGGAUCACUUAACUACUCAUAUCCAGGAUGGAAUGUAUUAUCAUACUAUCAGAGAUGAUGCCCCUAGAACAUUAGACCCGAGUGUCCAUCAAAUGGCAAAUGAUAUCAGAGGAGGAAAGCCAAUAAAUCUUGCUCUAAUGUCAUCCCUGGCUAAAGCAAACGGCAUCAAGUUGAAAUUCGUUCAUGAUCGACAGUAUACUAAGACCCAAGAGGACGUUGAAACUGAUGUUGAAGUGAUGUAUGUGAAGGAGGACCGUGAGAGGAGGGUUAGCUAUGCUCUUUGCAUGAACAGUAAUGGCAAGUUUAAGAAGGUAACAGGAGGAGCCUAUCGUUGUGUUCUUAAGGCCUUCAGCAAAAUUCUGGCACGGAAGGGCAUAGUGAAAUCUGUCGGAGAACUUAGAGCUGAAUUAGCGGAUCAUAUAGAGCGAAACUCUGAAAGCUUUUCGGAUGCGCUUGCGGCUGAAGCUUGUGUCGUAAAAAACUACUCCGACUCAACCAAACGUUCAAUCUCGGUUGGACUGUUUCACGAUAAGACAGGCAAAUUGAAUAUUGUAAAGUGUGAUGAUAUGGCCAUUAUCGAUAACAUCAGAAUUGACGCAAAUCACGAUGCUGCAGCUGCAGGUUCUUUUAAGAGAGCGGUAGAGAGAGUGUGGCUAUCCCGACGAGGCUCAGUGGAGUGCAGCGAUUCUUUGCAUCCAGCGGAGCAUCGCGGUUCAACGUCCUCAGCGCAAGACUUGGCUGCAACAAUAACGGAAAAUAAACAUUCACAAAGUGGUCUAUUGGAACGAAUGGUGCGUAGUGGCUCGUUGGAACGAGUGGUGCGUAGUGGCUCAUUGGAACGAGUGGUGCGUAGUGGAUCAUUGGAACGAGUGGUGCGUAGUGGCUCAUUGGAACGAAUGGUUACACGGUAA